UAGUUACAAUUGGCAGGAAGAAAAAGAUUUCCUCACUUAGAUACCGUGUUCCCUCGGACGCGGUAGGGUUCGUUUUAAAUGCUGAUUUUAGGGGGUUGUUUGUAAAGUUUUAAUUUCGCUGCAAGAAAAACGAGGCUGUGUUUCGGACGCUGUGGAGGAAAAGGUGGAGGCGAGGGCGGAACAUGGGUAAAAAACAGGACUCAAAUCCGGACUCCGAGUAUGGAGAACCUGCUCAGUUUGACCCGACCUUCAAAGGACCCAUAAAGAACAGAGGGUGUACUGACAUAAUCUGCUGUUUCCUGUUUAUGGCAGUCAUCCUCGGCUACGUAGCAGUCGGGAUUUUAGCUUGGCUCUAUGGUGAUCCCAGGCAUGUUCUUUAUCCGAGAAACUCAACUGGAUGGUUCUGUGGCAGUGGGCCAAAUGAAGACAGACCCAAUUUGUUCUACCUCGACAUCCUCAAAUGUGCCACAUCUGUUAAUGUCAUGGCAACUGCUCUUAAUGGAUUUCAGUGUCCAACAUCACAGGUGUGUGUGGAAAGAUGUCCUACAACGUUCUGGGCUGUGGGGUUACAAUCAUAUCUUCCAGGUGUAAAGCCAGCAGAUGUUUUCAAUCAAAGCCUCUGUGUGCCAUCUAUAGACCUGGCAAACACUAAACUGAGUGUUCGAGACAUUGUGGACAAGGAGUUGUGCCCUUUAUUCCACAUGCCUACAACCCCUGUGCUGGGAAGAUGUUUGCCUGAUAUCGCAGCACUGGGGAGGAUCCCUUCAGACUUUUCCAAUAUUCCUGGUUUGCCCUCCUCAGUUAACGAAACUGUCAGCCUCAUCAAGAAUGGCACUGGCGGAGGGGACAUUGUGAAUGGCUUCAAUGCCAGAGAGGUCGGUGUCCGAAUCUUUGAGGACUUUGCGUCGUCAUGGCCAUGGAUCCUCGUUGGUCUGCUAAUAGCCAUGGUGGUCAGUAUGCUGUUCCUGUUGCUGCUGAGAUUCACUGCUCCAGUCAUGGUGUGGGUGCUCAUCAUAGGAGUCCUGGGUGCUGGGGCAUACGGGAUAUGGCACUGCUACUGGGAGUAUGACAACUACAAGAAUGCCGCUGCUACAAUCACUGACAUUGGUUUCACCACCAACUUCAAGGUUUACCUGCAAGUGCAAGAGACCUGGCUGGCAUUCUUGAUAAUCAUAUGUGUGGCGGAGGCGAUCAUCCUCCUGACCAUCAUCUUCCUGCGGACCAGAAUCCUCAUAGCCAUCGCCCUCAUCCAGGAGUCCAGCAAGGCAAUCGGUCACAUGAUGUCUGCUCUGCUGUACCCUCUGGUCACCUUUGUCCUCCUGGUGGUGUGUGUUGCAUACUGGGGCACCACAGCUUUAUAUUUGGCGACUUCAGGAAACCCAAUCUACAGAGUGGUGGCUCUCAACUCCACGAUGAGCGACUGUAAGAGUAUCAAUGGCACCGUGAACUGUGACCCUCAGAACUUCACUUCAUCAGAUUACCCAGGCUGCCCUUCAGCCAGCUGCAUCUUUAUCAAAUACAACGACGAAGGGCUCUUCCAGAGGAACAUAUUCAAUUUGCAGAUCUACAAUGCAGUGGCUUUUCUCUGGUGUGUCAACUUUGUCAUCGCUCUGGGGCAGUGUACACUGGCUGGGGCCUUCGCCUCCUACUACUGGGCCUUCACCAAACCAGAUGAUAUCCCCAUGUUCCCUGUGUGUGGCGGCUUUAUACGCUCACUGAGGUACCAUGUGGGCUCCUUGGCAUUUGGUGCUUUGAUCCUGACCCUGGUGCAGAUAGUGAGGAUGAUACUGGAGUACAUCGACCACAAAACAAGAUCGGCGCAGAAUCCAGUUGCACGCUUCAUACUAUGCUGCAUGAAGUGCUGCUUCUGGUGUCUGGAGAAGUUCAUCAAGUUCCUCAACAGGAACGCUUACAUCAUGAUUGCCAUUUAUGGGAAAAACUUCUGUGUUUCAGCCAAAAAUGCUUUCAUGCUGCUCAUGAGAAAUGUGAUAAGGGUUGUGGUGCUCGAUAAAGUGACAGACCUGCUGCUGUUCUUUGGGAAGCUCCUGGUGGUGGGAGGAGUGGGUGUAUUGUCCUUCUUUUUCUUCUCUGGACGAAUUUUGCUACCAGGCAACACCUUCCGCUCUGAAACCCUCAACUACUACUGGAUGCCAAUUAUUACUGUAGUGUUUGGUAGCUACCUCAUAGCUCAUGGAUUCUUCAGUGUGUACAACAUGUGCGUGGACACACUCUUCCUCUGCUUCUUGGAGGACUUGGAGCGUAAUGAUGGAUCUGUACAGAAGCCGUACUUUAUGUCCAAAAACCUCAUGAAAAUCCUCAACAAAUCCAACAAGGUACAAAAAAAAAGGUAAAGGGAAGGACUGAAGACCUUUUCCCCUCUUUACCUCCCGACUUCAUGAAACUACAUUAAUGUUGUGUCACAGAUUUUCAGGAUUUCUUUGCCAUUUGCUUUUAACCUGUUAACACUCCACCUUCUUCUAAAUAAGUUUACCAAAACUGAUUUUGCACUUUUUAAUUAUUUUUUUUUUAUUGUGUAUGUGCAUAUGUGUUACUGAGUGUGCAUAAGGAAGGAUUGAGCAUGUGAAUGCAGGUAAUGUGUAAUUGUUUGUUACAAGCUAUCCUGCAUUACAGAUUUCUAAAGUUGUUCUUACUUUGGCUCAUUAUUUCAAAGAAUGUCUGUUUCUGUUCAUACAGCUGCUGUUCACAGUGCUGUGGACAUUUUAGACUGAUUUAUCAUCAUUAUGUAAUACAGUUAAACAGCUUUGAAAAGCAGGAAAAUUUAGGCUUUAUUUUUUAUGGAAGACUCUUAAUGAGAUUUCUUCAGGUGGAACAAAUGACAUUUAAUAACAAAAAAAUGUUCUAAUGUUCUUACACUUGUAUUUUAUUUGUAAAAAGGUUGUUUUAUAAAUACAAAUAUUUUAUGGCCAUAAUUCUAUUGAUCAUAUUGAAAAUAAUGAAAUAAAG